UAAAACUCAAGGUAACGAAUAGGCGCAGCACUGCUUAUCGGUUUUGCCACCCUCCUCAGCAGCUUUGCAGCUGCGCAUGCUGGAACUAGGGGCAUGCGGUCCUUCGGUUGCGCAGCUGUCCUCCGCAGUCGCGAAGCGCGGCGGGGCGGGGAAGUUAUGCUCCUCAGUAAUUUUUAUUAAGUAGUACACUCACUGCCCUCAGCGACUAGCCCUAGUCCGUAUUUCAUGCUCUGCUUCGCGCUUCGCAGCAUAGGACCGCAUGCACGAGCUACGCACACCUGCUUCGCAAACACGCAAGGGCUUAUGGUUUGCUUUAGCAACUGCACCCGCCUUCUAUCCAUACGCUCCGCAGGGCGCAGUGCUGCGGGCCGCAGGAGCGAAGCGCGGGCAGCAGGGAGGCCAGCGCAGGUCGCUGGAGGGAGGCAGCAGGAAAGCGCGAGAAGGGCCUGCCCUGCAUCGCGAAGCGCGCGCUGCUGCAUGCGCUAAUUUGUUUAACAAAUUAACUGCCCUCCUUUAGGUUAACCUUUAACUUUAUGAAGCCUGUUAUUAAACAUUAAACUAUAUG